GGCGCGCUGCGUUGAUACAUCCCUGUUACUGAUAUUCGUCAGUGAAUAUUUGAUACGAAGCAAUAUCGGUAUAUAGUUUCGCUUAUACGAUUUCGUGCACUCGGUAAUCGCUCGGCUUGAUUCGGCAUCGCUACAUAAAAUACGCGAUGCGGAGCAAUAUCGAUAUACAGUUUCUAAAAUACACGAUAUUGCCAUAAUAUAUAGAUUCAAUGACAUAUAGUCAUCAAUAUACGAUUUGUAACGCCCAUCCCUCCCUAUUCAAAUUAAAUUAGUACCUACUUUGUGAACGGAUUCAACACGUCCUAAAUCUAGAAAUUAAAUUCUUUUGUGACGAUGUACUUCCCCUUCAAUAUUCAAGAAAGAUAGGUUAGUCUAGUCACUAGAAUAACGACAUGAGCUCUGUGAAAAGUUUGGGUUUUUUAACUACAAGAAUCCUUGUGCCACGACUGGAUAUCACAAAAUUUCAGGGUCAUUACGUAAAUAGGCAUAAAGAUACUACUCAAUGCCAAUGUCACAAUACAGAACAGAGACGCACAUUUCUAAGUUUCCCAAAAGAAAAUCGAACCAGAGUUUAUGCUGGAAGACAACUGGUGGGGUAUACAAUGGAACAGAUGUUUGAAGUGGUGUCUGAUGUGGACAGUUACUAUAAGUUUGUUCCAUGGUGCAAGUUGUCUUUAGUAAAAGAAAGAGGGAAAGGUUUCCUAAAAGCAGAUUUGGUGGUUGGAUUCCCACCAAUCAAUGAAAGUUACACUUCCAAAGUGACUUUCAUAAGACCACACCAGGUGAAAGCUGAAUGCACAGAAGGCAAACUUUUCCACCAUAUGCUCACUCUUUGGAGAUUCAGUCCUGGCCUUAAGAGGGAGCAGCAGUCAUGUGUUGUAGAUUUUCAAAUAACAUUUGAAUUUCGCUCUACCUUCCAUUCUCAUAUAUCUAACUUGUUCUUUGAUCAAGUAGCUCGACAAAUGGAAAGCGCGUUUAUAAGAGAAGCAGGUCGACGCAACGGUCCAGCCACAAUGCAACCGAAGAAUUUACUAGUUAAUAAUCAGGCACAGGCAAAAAGUUGACAAAAGUAAAAUGGUUUAGCUCCAAUUUAUUACAGUUAUCAUACAGUAUGUAUUUGUAUUGUGAUAAUUUUGUGUAUGUUAUUUAUUGUUAAUGAGUUAUUUAAUCCAAUGAAAACUGCAGGGAAGCUGGGCUUCAGUGUUUAUUUUAACAAUUAGAAGAAAGUGUCAAGUAUUAUUACACAUGUUUAUUUACAUUUGCCCACAUUGUGAUAUUGUUACUGGUAUUUUCGGUUUGUUGUUAGGGCCAGUUGGUACGUUUUCUAUUUUCCUCAUGACAAGUAGUCCAUCAAUAACUCUUCCGAACACUACAUGCUUAUUAUCUAAAAAGUUGCACUUAGCACAGGUGAUGAAAAACUGACAACCAUUGGUGUCUUUGCCACUGUUGGCCAUAGA